CCAGCCCCGAAGUCAGGGUGCCCAGCCCUGCCCGGCCCUUCCCAGCUCUUGGAGCCUGUAGCAGCAGCUCCUUCUCCAGUGGUGGUUCCAGGAGCCUUCCAGGUCCAGUGGACACCAGUAUAAGGUUGAGACAUUUGACAGGGGCUCUGGUGUAAGCCGUAAUAGCUGAGGUUAGCAGUAGCAGUGUUUGGGUGAGGGUCAGGGUCAAGAACCAAGUUGGAAGCAGGGCUCUGGUUACUCUCCUGCCAUCUAUUGCUUCCGCUCAGGAAGUCUCUUCCUAGUCGUCCGUUCUCCCCUCCAUAGUUCACCGGCCCCCCAUCCAGGCUCUUAGUGGGAUAGCUUCUCUGCCUGCUCUUCCCAAUGCUAUGCCUCCCACAAUCCAGCGUAGAUCUGGCAUUUCUUGUUCUUCUCACUGCCCACGGGCACAAGUUUGAAGUCCUCUGCCUAGCCCUCAAGGUCCUCUAUGACCUGGACUUCCUCCCCACUUCAUGCUUCUCACUCUCCUGGCUCCAGUAGAAACAGACAUCUCUGCCCAUGAAUGUCUUACAGCUACCUCCUCGUCUUUGCUUAUGCUAUCCCCCCUCGAGUUCCUAGUCAUUCUUUAAAACCCAACUUAAAUGCUACUUUCUCUGGAAGCAUUCCCAGAUUUCCUCUUGGCAAUGAUCUUCCCCAGAAGAUUGUAAAGAUCCCUUUGUUUGCAUGUUCCAAACCUAUUGAUCAUAUAACACUGUAUUAUAGUUAUAUGUUGAUGCUUGGCCCUCCCAGACCAUCAGCUUCAGUAGGGGGAGGGUUCCAGCCAAGGUCUGGUCAGUCUACAUGAGCAGUCAGUUAAAGGUAAGGUCAAGUUCAAGGUGAAAAAAGCCUGCCGUGUCUUCCAACUCGGAUGAUGUGAUUAAGGCUUAAGUCAGAGACAAGUUUAGGGACGCGGCUAGCUUUAGGAUUUGCAUGAUGGAUAUAGUUGAAAUAGAAUUUCCAGUAAAGGAAGGGAAGAUUUGGGGCUAGGAAUGGGAUUAGAAUUUGGGGUAACAACAUAUCUCAAGUGUCGUUAGUAUUAGCAUUAAGAAGGUGAUCAGAGUUGGGGGCUCUGUGGGGAGUACUAGCUUCACAGCUCAAUGGUUAUUCCUCCUUCACCGCAUCAAGGCAAUAGGGGAGAGGGGGCCUAGGUGUCUGGCAGUCUUGGACGACGUUUUCUUAUACAUGGCUGCUUCUGGGGGAAGAUGGUUGCUUUCUUACUCGGGUCAGUGGGAGGUGAUCGGUUUGAAGAUGGGAGGCUGGGGAGGGGGGAGAGCCUCAGCCCCUGCCUCACAGCCCACCAUCUCACUUGCAGACAUAGUGACAGAGGAUGACGUCUACUGCAGCUGUCUGUCGAAGACGCUGUGCCACGUGCCCACACCUGUGACGGUGGGCUUCUAUGCCCCCUUUGGCUGCCGACUGCACAUGAUGCUGGACAAAAUUACAGCCCUCAUGCAGAAGGAGGCGGCCCAGCGGGAAGCAGAGGAGCUCCACCAGGCGCAAUGGAAACCUCGCCCGGUGCACGGCUGGGGCUUCCCGCAGCUCCUCUGGUACUUGGUCUUCUGCCAGCCCGUCAUCACGGAGCUCCACCUGCGUCGGAAGAAUGUGCAGUUCCUGUUUAUCCGCUUCAGCGCCUGGCAGUACGCGGGCACAGACAAGCUGUGGGCCGGGCUGGUGACCACUCUGUGUGACGGCAUCCGCGGCCACUAUGGGGCGCUGCCCUUCAGCCUCUACACCGUGGUGGGCAACAAGCCGGCCAUGGCCCCGGACUGCUGCCAGCGCGAGUGGCACUGCCGCCGCAGGGUGUGCCUGAUCAUCCUGGCGCUGGCCGCGGCCCUGGCCCUGGGCAUUGGCCUCCUCUACCUCUCCAUCAGUGGCAGGGGUGCUGGGCGGGAAGGGGGUGGCCACGGAAGCAUGCUCAAAGUGUUUGGGGGCGCAGCCACCACCCUGUCAGGCUCCGGCCUGCUCAUGGCCCUGUACUCAGUGGGCAAACAUUUGUUUGUGAGCCAGCGGAAGAAGAUCGAGAGGCUGGUCACGCGGGAGAAGUUUGGGAGCCAGCUGGGCUUCAUGUGUGAGGUCAAGAAGGAGGUGGAGCUGCUCACCAACUACAUCUGCUUCCUGGAGAUCUUUCAGCGGCGGCGGCUCCGGAUCGUCCUGGAGGUCACCGGCCUCGACACCUGCUACCCGGAGCGCGUCGUGGGCGUGCUCAACGCCAUCAACACGCUGCUGUCGGACAGCCAAGCCCCGUUCAUCUUCAUCCUGGUGGUGGACCCCCACAUCCUGGCCUCGUGCCUCGAGAGCGCGGGCUCCAUGAAGGGUGUGGCCGACAACGGCUACCUCUUUCUCAACCGCACCGUCACGCUGCCGUUCUCUGUGCCCAUCAUGGGGCGGCGGACCAAGCUGCGCUUUCUGGAAGACGCCGUACAGAGCCGGGACGACCUGCUCUACCGGGCCAUCACACGGCAGCUGCGGGGCAGCCAGAAAGGGGCCCCCCCCGAGGCCGAGGGCACGGAGCUGCUUCACGUGGAGGUGGCAGGUGGGCAGGACCAGGGCCGCAUAGAGGCAGAGGCCGGGCAGCGCAUCCAGGAGGCCCUCUUCUGCCUGCAUGACGAGCAGGACUGCCUGUACGAGUACAUCCCGGACAACGUGGUUUCCAUGCGGCGCAUCGUGAACACGGUGCCCAUCACGGUAAGGCUGCUGCAGGAGCACCAGGCCCGGGGCGGGGCCAUGCGGCCGACGCCGCGUCAGGCCGUGGCCUGGGUGGUCCUGGCCAACCAGUGGCCCUGCCGGCUAAGCUGGGCCCUGCAGUGCCUAGAAGACCGCCAGCAGGUGGAGGGCGGCCCUGACCCGCAGGCUCCGCUCUGGGGCAUCUUCCGAGACAACAGCCGCGAGCUCCACACCAUGACCAAGGCCCUGCAGAACGUGGUGGACCUGGACGGCGACCCGGAGCUCUUUGCCCGCUUCCUGGGCACCGACUUCCCUUUUACUGUGGCGGAGGCUCAAAGCCUGCUCUGCUGCACCGUCAACCUAGACCACUCCAUCCGCCGCCGCAUGGGGCUCAUCCGGAGCAUCCGUGCCCUCAACCCGCCAGGUAGUGACCCUCACAGCUCUGCCUCCCGCUCAGAGAAGCCGCCCUCCCCCCUGCGGGACCGGCCCUUCCACGCUGGCAAGUCCAACAUCUCUUGAGUUUGGGGGAGGGGUCCCAUCCCCCUCAUUCCUGAAUGCUAACGAGCAAGGCAGUGGCAGUCAGACAGUGGGUCAAGGCCAGCAGUGAGAGGCCCGAUGUCCUGCAAACGAGGGGCAGGCCCUGGCUGCCUCUGGACCUCAUCGGGGCUCACUCACAGGACACGAGGCUCCGCUUUUCCACCUCCCGGUGAAGCAGUGUUAUUAACUUGGGGCCUGGGUGGUCUCCCAGCAGUGUGUGUAUAUGUGUGUGUGCACACGUGGGGAGACCAAACUGGACCCCCCCCCCUUCAGUGCAAUAAAGACAUGUCAUGGUCA